UUACCCUGAUACAUGUCACAACCCGCAGAAAACAGAGAGCGUUGUUCCGUACAGUAUUUGGAAACAAGAAGUGGAAAUGGACGAUUAAUUACUGGACAAGUUUACACUCCGAGGUCGCUCCACUUGGAGAAGAAGGGCUGGGAGACAGCAGGAAGGGGGAGGAGGAUGUUUUAGGUCUUUCAAGUCUUUCAGGUCUCUCAAGUAUUUCAAAUCAGCUGGAUCUAUUGCUAAAUUCGGCCAGAGUUAAAGCGAAGUCAUCCUCAGCCAGCUUGUGGAUUGUUUGCUCACUCUCUCGGUGUGCCUGAGAGCUGUGUUAACAACAGAGAGGAUCAAUAAUGUUCUAAAUCCACCCCUCCCCAGGAAAAAAAGCAGAUAAUCUUUUAACCAUGGAGCCGGACUACGAGAUAGCCGCAGAGAUGAAGACGGACGAAUGGAAGCAGCUGGAGCAGGCAACGCCGAUGAAGAUCUUCCUCACCGUCCUCUACAGCGUCAUCCUGCUGACGGGGAUCGUGGGAAACAGCAUCACCAUCCGAGUCACCCAGGUGCUGCAGAGGAAGGGCUACCUGCAGAAGAACGUGACCGACCACAUGGUAAGCCUGGCCUGCUCGGACCUCCUGGUACUACUGAUCGGGCUUCCUGUGGAGCUUUACAGCGCCAUCUGGUUCCCCUUCUCGUCCGCCUCCGGCAACGUGGCCUGCAAGGUCUACAACUUCCUCUUCGAGGCAUGCAGCUACGCCACCAUCCUGAAUGUGGCCACUCUCAGCUUUGAGCGCUACAUUGCCAUCUGCCACCCCUUCAGAUACAAGUCACUGUCAGGCUCUCGCACAGUCAAGCUCAUCGUUUUCGUCUGGAUAGCCUCGGCCAUGGUCGCCCUUCCUCUGCUUUUUGCCACUGGGACCGAGGGGCCCAAGGGCGACCCGCUUUUUGACAGAGUGGAACAGCAGAACUUGACAUUCUGCACAAACCUCACCCGCCGCUGGGUGAUGUACAGGUCCAGCAUCUUCAUUGCAUUCAUCGUGUACGUUGUGGUGCUAGUGAGUGUGGGUAUAAUGUGCAAGAGCAUGAUCAGUGUGCUGAAGGACAACAAGGGCCAGCCAGCCAAGCCAGAGGUCAACAGUGUGAGGUUCCUGCCCAAGCACGAGAGUUCCAAGGUUAAAGCAUCCAGAAAGCAAACUAUCCUGUUUUUAGGUUUAAUUGUUGGCGCUCUUGCCGGAUGCUGGAUUCCAAACCAGAUCCGUCGCCUCAUGACUGCGGCAAGACCAAAAGCCAACUGGACCCUGCCAUACUUCAAUGUCUACGUCACCCUUCACCCGAUCGCUGACACCUUCUUCUACCUCAGCUCCGUGCUCAACCCCUUCCUCUACAACCUGUCUUCGCGCCAGUUCCGCCAGGUCUUCCUCCAGGUGCUGCGCUGUCGCCUGACCAUCGAACACAUCAACAAGAGGACCCUAAGAGGUCCCGGCGUCGAGUCCACCCGCUCCACGCGUCCCCUGGUAUUCAAGUCCCUCCGGCGUGGGAGGUCCAGCUACAGCAACGACAAACCCAUCACUCUCACAACAUUCCAAGACCCUGAUGCUGCUCCCUCCUCUGCCAACGUCAACAACUCAUCAGAAACUGACAGUACUCUACUGAGCAGUGUGGAAAUUAAGUCUGACACUCAAACGUGAACGUGCUCUUGGUUUAUCAACUGAGUUGUGACGGUUGGAUCAGCAGUGUAAUUCCAGCGGUUGCAUACUGUAUACAUUUACAUCAUGCUAUAUGCAAAGGAUUGUGGGUAAAA